UUUUCAAAACCUGACCAGUAUGUGCCUCUUAAGAAAGUUUGUGGUUUUUUUUAUGGAUUUAUUUUAGGAAUUAUAUUUUAUCGUUUUAUUUUAUCUGAGUUGGGAUUUAGUGAAGAUAUAGCAUUUUGGAUGUCCAUUACAUUAUGUUUUAUGCUUGGUGCUGGUAUAUCUUCAUCUGCACAAAUACGGUGCAUUACUCUUCUUACAUUCCCAGCUUUUGGAGGUCGAGUUGGAAGAAGUGUCUUAAAAGCUUUGGUUAUAACUUUUAUUAUUUCCGGACCUUUAGAAAAUUUGUCCAAUAAUGGAAAAGAAGUUGUAAGAGUGUUUGCUUGCACAGCUUCCCUAACAUUUAACAUGACCAAAACAAGAUUUACUUUGAUGUUUAAACCUUUUACCGACGCAAUUUUUGGUAUGAAAACUGAGGUCAAUGAAGUUAAAGAUACUAUAAGGUCAAUUAAGGAUGUGUCUGCCCCAGUAACUGGUGAGAUUGAGGACGAAAAGGCCAUGAAGAAAAUUAAAGAAGAAAAUGAUUAUUUAGACGAGUUAACCACUACAAAAACGUCAAUUAACGAUAACAAGACAAAUGGUGAACGCAUUGAAGGCGAAAGAUACGAAAAGAAAUAUCUCAAGAAAGUUGAAACGCGUUGUAUGGGGCAAUUUGAAAGAGCAGCUGAAAGAUGCAGAACGAUGUUUGAAACUGGUUAUAAUAAAUGUUAUGAUACGGUAACUUGGGUUGCUGGUUGGCUACUUUGCUGGCCGAUGAAACUUGAUUUCGUAUGUAAUAUAGCUGAAGCUUUAGGAGGUAGUAGCAGGUGUGAUCCUUCAAAACAUAUCGAUGCUGGUUUUGGAGAAGGGUAUGCAUAUUUAAAAGAAUCUAGGUCCUCAUUGUCUCAAAAUUUUAAGGAUGUAAAGCUGCAGUACAAAUUAGGAAAAGUGAAGCAACUAAGAGACGUAAGAGAUGCCAGAGAUACUGCUGUAGCGAUUUUGAAUAAAGUAAAGGGCAAAAAGGAGAUAUUUGAGAGCAUUUUUAAUAUAAUAAAGCGAAUCUUGGCAUUUAUUUUUCUUAAAAUUAUACUUAGCUGUCAGGACUACGAGGAAAAAUAUUUAAAAGAUAUUGAAUUUGACAAUAUUUAUUUAACAAAAUACUUUCGUAAGAUAGACGCUCGAAGAAAACAACAAGACAAACCAACACUAUUACCUUUAAAAAAAAUGGAGAGGCUCCUAAUUGUGGAUCCUAAGACCCUUAAGCCUUUGAAAACAGAAAGAGAGAGCAUUUUGAGAGAGACUUUUAUUUUGGUACUGGAAAUGAUAACUGCCAGCACUUUCAUUUUGUUGGAUAGACUCUUCUACGAAGCGCUGGAUUUGAUAAGAAGACAUGCUAAAAUUGACUAUUUGACUACAGGAAAGCAUGAUCUCUUACUUCAAAUCAAAGGCACAGGUAUGAUUGCAGCUCUUUUACGUUCUCUAGUAAAAGGUUUUAACGUAAAAAAACGAAUAAAAAUCGAACGUUCUAACGAACAAUGUCUACCUAAACCCCAAAAACUGGCAGCUGCCUACAUCUUUAAAAUAUAUGGAGUGUACUUUGCGAUUUGGUCGAUGAUGUGGAUUCAAGCCUACACUCAACGAUUGAGACGAUUGAUAUGCUCCUACUAUUUUAGAAAACGAGAAAAACAACGAGUUUUAUUUCUGUAUAAUGAAACGUUGAAGAGAAGAAAGGCUCUUUUUCUUCAUAUGAAAAAGACCCUUGAAAGAAAGGCGAGAGAAAGACGCCUAGAAGAAAGCUAUAACAUAUGUCAAAUUCUUAUUUUAAAGUUUCCUAAGAGGUUCAGUUGGUUAAAAAUUUUUAAAUGCGCAAGAAAAAAAUGUCUGACUCUUACCCAGCCCUAGCCGAUGAGGCCGGAUGCAUCAUAGAAGAAGCAGACCACUAUAUAGAGAAAGUUAUUAAACACGCCGUAAGUGAAAACUAUUAAAAAAGAACUACUCGGUCAGUAAUGUAUACUAGAAAUAAGGGCACAGAAAAUGGUAUGAAAUUCUUCCUGAAGAAACUCAGCGGAUACGAUGUAGGACACACUGUUAUAUAUACGUAACGCUUUAAAGCCUUCGUAGUGUAACAAUAUUUUAAAUAACAAGACACCAGCUGAUUCUUCGUCAUUCAAGACGGGUAAAUGGCACAGCCGCACCACUUCUUGAAGUUUGGCGAGAACCGUCCGGAACAGCAUUCUGCCGAGUAUAUAAGGAGCCGCAUCAUCGUCAGAUGUCACUUCAGUGAAGUAAAGUUCGGAAUAUUGGCGCGAAAUUUGAAUAAUUGUAAAUAAAUAUUUAGUAGUCGUGAGUGAUCGUCUUUUCGUAGUGAAGUGUGCAAAUAAAUUACUUGACUAUU